AUGAGAAUGAAGCACUUGGUGAGCUCCAUUGGGCUUUUCGGUGGCUUUCCACUGUUCCUGCCGUGGUUAUGGAAUAUCUACUUUCCUCAAAAUGAAUGGCCAGAAGCAAUCGGAAAUCAACGAAUAAUCUACGCGACGUAUUUGAGCGCGCCAACCGAAAACAAAACCUAUUGGAUCUCCGAAUUUCACAAUACCAGCGAUCCAUAUUUCGACGCGGCUCGAAUCCUCACAUACCAGCUCCUUCACGCACCGGAAACACGCACCGGUUUGGACAUCCCGUUCGUGGUCUUCGUUCAUGAGAAUGUCGAUCAAGAGAAGAGAAACCGUCUGCAAUCCGACGGUGCACAAGUAAUCGAGUGGUCCGAUUUCCGAGUGGACUGGGUUCGACCGAAGGAUUCCCGAUGGGUCGAUAUUUUGACAAAACUCCGGCUCUGGGAGAUGGUCCAGUACGACCUGAUUGUGUAUUUGGAUGGUGAUUCCGUUCUGACGAGAUGUAUCGACGGGCUUCUCAGCUCCGCAGCGACUUGGCUUGCAACAACCAAACAAACCUUAUUAUCCCUCAACGGGACUGAAAUACGCCUGCCAGAGACUUAUAUUGCUGCUGGCUUGCCGCAGCUCAGGCCAAAUCACUCAUCCCACCCGUCCCGUGUUCCAGAGGACUUCUGGCACUGGGAUAACCUGAAUGCUGGUUUUAUGAUCUUGCAGCCGUCACUUGAGAUGUUUCACUACUUCGAGGCGUUGCUGGCAGUCGAGGAUAGCUUUGAUACCAGCAUAGGUGACCAGAGCGUCUUAAACGUUGCUCUUUCUCGUGGAGGCCCUACCCCGUGGACUGCGGUGGACUUCUGGUGGAAUAUUCAGUGGCCAUGGCCGGAGGAUAUCAAGACGUAUGCUGUUCUUCAUGAAAAGUGGUGGGCACCUAUGCACUGGGAAUCUAGGGACUAUUUGCUCUCUUGGUACUGGCCAAUGAUUGGUUAUUCUUCUGGCUGA